AUGAAAACACCCUCGUCCUCCACUCCCAACCCCCCCAAGCCGUCAGGGCUGGCCAACUUAAAGCACGACGGCUCUUCCACGCGGCCAGUAACAUUGACUGUCCCCGACCAGUUAACCCCCCAGAGAAAGACGGACGGCGUCUUUCCGGGGGUCCGCAAACACCGGUCCGCUGGCUCGUCCAUUGAUGACGCUUCAGCCCAGCCCUAUCGCCAGGUCACUCGGCCCUGGGCCUCCAGACACCCUACCAAACGCGCCGUCAACGUUUCAAACGACCAGGAGAUGACACCCAUGGAUCGCUGGGUUUCUCAGAACAUCAAGGACGAGAUGUGGAAUGAUAUCCACGGAGUAUACGGCACCUAUAGUCAGCAAGACGGUGGAGACUCGAAUAUAUCCCUCGACUUCGCGACGUUGUAA